AUGCUGCGCGCAUCGCUCGCCAAGCCCUCGCCCCCUGUCCUCCGCCGCUGCAUGACAUCGCUAGCCUCCAAAAAAGAAGGCGACAUCUCGGAUGCAUUUACUUCGAUGUCCGGGGUCAAGCGCGAGCCUUUAGCCGAUCGAUAUCGUCAGCUGAAACUUACGCUCCUGCAAGGCCGUGAAGAUAAGAUUGUUCAGUCGUGGAACAAGCUACUACGUGAGUUGAGGCGGGAGAAUGAGAUUGUGGCCAAGAAGGGGCCGGGUGUUGUACCACAGAUUGAGUUCAAGGAUCUUGAGAGGAGUAGUGAUGCGCUGAGGGAGGAGGUUAAGAAGAGAGGCGUUGUUGUGGUGAGGGGUGUUGUUCCGGAGGGUGAGGCGAGGGCGUAUAAGGCUGAGGUGGAAGAGUAUGUUGCUAGGAACCCAUCUACACGAGCAUUUCCGCCUCACGAUCCUCAAGUCUACGAAUUGUACUGGUCGCCACCCCAACUAAAAGCCCGCUCACACCCCAACUUCCUCGCCGUGCAACACAACCUCAUGUCCCUCUGGCACACCACCACCCCAACCUCAAUCUCACUCUCCCAGCCAUUCAGCUACGCCGACCGUCUUCGCAUCCGCCAACCCGGCGACGCCAGCUUCGCUCUCGGUCCCCACAUCGACGGCGGAAGCGUCGAGCGCUGGGAGCCAGAAGGUUACGGUGCUGGACACGUCUUCGAUUCCAUCCUCCAGGGAAACUGGGAGUCCUACGAUCCGUGGGACGCGAGCGGGCGUGUCGACGCUGUGAACAAUCGGUACAAUGGACUAGGUGCUUGCUCGAUGUUUAGAAUGUGGCAGGGGUGGAUGAGCAUGAGCCAUACUAAGCCUGGGGAGGGGACGCUGUUGGUGAAUCCGCUGGUGAAGCUUUCUAUGGCGUAUGUGCUGCUGAGGCCGUUUUUCCAGGCGAGGAGGGAGGGAUUGGGGCAGGGGUUCUUGGAUGAGGGGAAUUGGGAGUUGAUGAGGGAUGUUGAUAGUGAGUUGCAGGGUGCGACGCCGGGGACGGGACAGGAGUUGACGGGGGAGUUGCAUCCGCAUUUAGAGCUUGAGAAGACGAUGGUUCACGUUCCUGAGAUACGGCCUGGAGAUUUCGUAGCAUGGCACUGCGACACAAUACAUUCAGUCGACAAAGUACACGCCGGCACAGCAGACUCUUCGGUGAUGUACAUCCCCAUCUGUCCGAUCACGGCGCAGAACGCAGAGUACAUGGUGCGACAGCGUGAGGCUUUCCUCCGUGGCACGCCGGGGCCGGAUUUCCCAGGCGGUGCGGGGGAGUCCGGACAUGUGGGGCGGGGCACGGAGGAGAUGCUGGACGGAGCGGCUCGUCGGGCGAUGGGCCUGAGCGCGCUGAGGACGGAGGGGGAGGAUGAGGUUGUUAGGGAGGCGAAUCGGAUCCUUGGGUUUUAA